AUGAGAAUUGCUUCCAUUUUAACAGCCGCUGUCACAAUUUUAUCUGUUGCUAACAGUGCUCCAACUAAGACAGAAGAAACAAAAGUUUCUAUUCAGAAGAGAGACUUAACCAUUGGACAAUUAAUAUCUUACAUUGAGGAUGUUAUUUUAGGUAAGCCAAUUCCAGCAAACCUUCCAAUUCCAAGUGGAGUCCCAACCAAUCCUGGUCUUGCUUUAGCUGAACUUAUUCCAAAGGAUUUGUUAAACGUGCAACUUGGGGAUCUCGUCAACUUGCAAAUCCCAGCUUUACCUACUUCUGUUCCAGAAUUAUUGCAAGAAAUUGGUAAUGUUUUGUAA